UAGCUGCGUCAGACUGUGUGUUUGUCCUGCAGUCUAUAAAUACGCGGCGGUUCAGUCUCCAGUCAGGAUCCGUCCGAGCUGUCAGCCUCCCGCACACCGCAGCUGAGUAUUUUGUUUAGAUCGUGUCUAAGAUGUCCAUCAUCCAGAUCCCGCCUCACCACUACAUCCAUGUGCUGGACCAGAACACCAACGUCACCCGCGUGGAGAUCGGACCACUCACCUACAUCCUCCAGGACAAUGAAAGAGUGCUCUUGUCUCCGAAGCGAAUGAUCACGGUGCCACCGCAUCACUACUGCGUGAUCGCCAACCCUGUGGCCCGCGAUGAUAACGGCCAGGUCCUCUUCGACCAAUCCGGUCAGGCCAUACGCCGCCAUGGCGACCUGGGGAUCCGUCUGUCCCAGGAUCCGUUCCCGCUGUACCCCGGAGAGGAGAUCCAGGAGGAUGUGACGCCGCUGCAGAUCGUGGAACUCGACACGGAGCUGGAGGACUUCAAGGCGGAGGAAAGACAGAAGAGAGUGGCUGAAGACGAGUGGCUGUUCGAAGGGCCGGGAACCCACACCCUGAGGAAGGAGGUGACUGUUCCAAAGACCAUCAAGGUUUGCAAGGGUGGAGGCAAGAAUGGCGCCGCCGUCAAAAUCGCAGGAACCACAAAGACCAUUAAGGUUCACAAGGGAGGAGUAGACCAAGGAACCGCACUCAGAAUCGCAGGAACAGUUGUUGGCGUGGUAGCAGGUGCAGUGGGAGCUGUUGUCACGGCCCCUCUUGUUCUGGGGGCCAUAGGUUUCACCUCAGCUGGAAUAGCAGGAGGCUCCAUCGCUGCAGGCAUGAUGUCCAGUGCUGCAAUUGCUAACGGAGGAGGAGUGGCAGCGGGAAGUCUGGUGGCUAUUUUGCAGUCAGCAGGUGUGGUCGGUCUGUCGGGAGCUGCCUCUGCAGCUGUGGGUGGCGCUGGAGCAGCAGUUGGAGGAGCAACUGGAGCAACAGUGGGAUGGAUGACUAAAGUCUUCGGAAAGGAAAAACAGAAAAGAAAAUGAUCAAUUAAAAUUGUUUAGACUCUCGACAAACAGCAGUUUAUUUACUAAACAGCAUUUUUUGUAUUAAAGUUUGGAUGUUUGUGCAAUAAAUUUUUUACAACCUGUGAAA